UUCUUUCCAUAUUCUAUCUUAUCUUAACUUUCUUGCGCGGUUUAGGUUAGGUUUGGUUAUUUUUACUAUUUAAUAAAAUACAAACCAUGCUUAUUCGACAUGUUAUCUCUCACUACAAGAUAAACUAUUUCUGGAGACAAAGCAUACGUUUUAAUUCAAAAGUCCCUACGACUCCCAUACCCACAUUAGAAAAACAAGAUCAUUCAAAAGUUACAAUUGAUAAUAAUACAAUAUCGCUCUUGGAGAGACUCUCCCUUGUAAAGUGUGAUACCGCAGAAGGUGUUAAAGCUUUAGAGGAUUCCAUUGCAUUUGCCAAUAAAGUCCUGCAUAUUAAUACUGACAAUGUUGAACCCCUGUACUCAGUAUUAGAGAAUGAAAAUUUGUCAUUGCGGCCAGACAUUAUAACACAGGGAAACUGUCAAAAAGAUAUCCUAAAAAAUGCUGCGGUCACGGAAGAUGAUUACUUUGUAGCUCCCCCGGGCAACAUCCCUCUGCACGAAGUAGAACUUGAAGAAACUGAACAUCACCAACAAAAAAAUGAAAACUGAACUUC